AUGUGGUUAAGCGACGGACAAAAAAUUGGAGUUGGGUUAACAGCUUUUGGUCUCUUUUUCAUGUUGAUGGGAGUCCUGAUGUUUUUUGAUGGAGGCUUGAUGGCCAUUGGCAACAUCAUGUUCUUGAGUGGCAUCACGGCUAUUAUUGGAGCAAAAAAUACAUUUGUCUUUUUCAGUCGAAAAGAGAAAUUAAGAGGAACUAUUUGCUUUUUGGGAGGCAUAGCAUUAGUGUUGGUCAAAUAUCCUUUGAUUGGAUUUUGCAUAGAAAUCUUUGGCAUUUUAAACCUGUUUGGUGACUUUUUCCCUGUCAUUUUUGGCUUCUUGAAGAGAUUACCUAUUAUUGGUCCCCUCUUGACUCAAACAGCCAUUUCCAGAUUGACAACAUUAACAGAGUUGACGACACAGAUGGAUACAUUUGUCUUAUUUUUAAGCAGUUUAUUUCAUAUAUCCAUAACAACAACAACAACCGCAAAAGAUAUUCCACAGAUAUUCGAUGCUAUCCAUACGAGUAUACCAGAGAUAUUUGCAAACCACAACAGCAGUAGCGGCAAUUAUAAUAAUGACGUAGACCUGAUACACUAUGUACAAGAGCAAUAUUAUAUUUACCAUAUUCUUUAUACUGUACUCAGAGACCAGACAUUAUCAUUUACUCACUAUGUACAUCAUUAUUAUCCUUAUUCAUCCUUUACACUCCACAGCAGGAAGGAUAUUCAUUCCAUCUUGACUUCAUGGACUUCCUUUAUAUUAUCAGAUUAUAUCACAGCCUCAGUUGUGUCGCUCUCAUCGUCUCGUUCUCUCUUAUUCUCAUGGAAGCACAUUUUAUGCAUUUUACAUUAUCAUCAGCCCCAUCUCGUGGCCGACUUUCUUUGUCUAGAGGAUACGAAAGAGACUGUCCUUGACUUACUGCAAGAAACCUACAAUAUAUCCUUACUAUCACCGCUACCAAGUGAAGAAGCAGAGGAGGAGGAAAAAGACAUACAACUUCAACUCCUGUUGGACUUGAUCACCCAUCUGCCCUAUCCUUUUUCAAACGAAAUUCAUAUGAAACGACAUCAGGAUUUAGAGCGUUUCAAAGUCAACUCAACGUUACAUUUACGCCACAACGAGGAUGAUCAAGAAGAUGAACAACAACAACAACAACAAACAGGGAUAGCUGAAGACGAAACCAAUAAGCACAGUGGCAUCACAGAAACUACGACGACGACAACAACGACGACAGCUACUUUUACAAGUCAGCAAGUAAAGCUCACAAAAACCACUGUGUACAGAUACAGUGAUGGUACCGAAGUGCCACAUGAUCUCGAAGAAUUUGAGACGAGAGCAUCUCAAUUAAUAGAAAAAAUGAACCAAUUACAAUAUCAAUUGUCAUUCAUUAUACCCACUACUACUACUACUACUACUACUACUACUACUACUACUACUACUGCCACCUCGACCACCGACUCCGCUUGCUACUCACCAUCAUCUGCAACUAUUGUGUCUUUUGAUACAAACCAGACAGACUUUUUUUCUCACUAUAGCGCUACGAGUGGAGCCACUGCUGUCACUUCCAUGAGUGGUGCAUCAAGUACGCGCUGUAGCAUGGAUGAGAAUGCAUUGCUAGAUGACCCACAGCAGCAGCUCCACCAGCUCCAGCUCCAGCAACAACAACAACCACAACCACAACCACACCUAUUGCUCGUACCGCCUUUGCUAACAAACACAUCGUCUUCCUCAUUACCCUCGCUCACGACAGAAGAGAAAAACAUCCCUUAUGAAAAGAGUUUUAAACAAUUACAAUCUGAAUUUCAAUUACUUUGUGAUCAUGACCUUCACGAAUUAUUACAUAUUUAUUUACCCAAACAACUGAUAGCGAGUACCUCGCUCCCUCAUUUGAGCGAACAUCCGAAACUACUUUGGCGAAAAAACCAGCUCAUUGAUCUACAAGCACAGCUAGCACAAGCCUUUCAACGAUCUGAAAUCGUAUUAGCUCACUUUAAACGUGCCUUCUCUUUCUCUCAAUUAUGUCAGUCAAUCAGACAAGAACUCGAUCUUGUACAGCAGAAAAUGGUGAAAUCCAUCACAACCUACCAAGACAUCCAAGAGUUGGAAGCAAAAAUAGAGAAUACAACCCUGACCAUCAAAGCUUUGAAAUCAGAUUAUCACGAUUUGUUAGCCAUCCCACCGCUAUCUUUCGCUGCUGCAACAGAGCAGUCAAUAGAAGCACCCAAUGCCAUCACCAGCACAAGACAAGAGAGUAUCGAUAAAAACAAAGAACUGAGAACAACUCCUACCUCUACAUUCUCUUCCUAUCAUUCUCAGUUGGAAUUGAUCGAGAACAAAAACAUCUUGGUUUGCUCGUGGGUGGAAGAAGUUCGUAUUUGGUUCACAGAAGCUGAGCGUAUCCGACAAUGGAUCGAGAAACGUCUCGAACAGCUGAAUGGUACAGCUUAUACCACUUUACUCCCUGAUGAUCCGCUUGCAGAAAAAAUAAUCCAAAAGGAUGACGAAAACGAGGAUCAUGACGAUCAUCGAUUGUCGGCUCUUCAAUACAACUUGCUCUUACUGAAUGAAUCUCAUGGUCUGUUAGAGAAAGAAAUCGAGCAAUUUGACAAUCAAGACAUGGCACGUUUACGUUCUCAUGUCAAAUCCCUUACCACCACCACCACCACCACCACCACCACAGCGGGUGGUACCGAGGAGGGUAGAAAAAAAGACUUGACUCCCGCUGAUACCACAACGAUUGAGAUUACGCUGACGACGCUCAUGACCUUGGAUCAAUUGCUUCACGUUUUGGGUCAACGAAGCCAUACGUUACGCGUGUUGACUCAACGUGUAGCUUGGGAAAAAGAAUGGCACAAGACAAUGCAAUGGUUAGAAGAAACGGAUCGAUCCGUCAAUGAAUUUCUAACUACAGAAGCACGUUGGCAAUUAGACCUUUCUCCUUCGUCUUCUUCUUCCCUCGCUUCCGUCCAUGAAACGGAUCAACAGCAAAAUCAUCAACAAAAGGCCAUGGUGAUUCAACACCUUUUGUCGUUGGAACAUAAAGUAGCCGAGUUCGAUCAAGGUCAAUUUACAAAGACAGUCAACCUGUAUCAAGAAUUAGACACGAUGGCCAAUAUUGACUUGCCCACUCACUUGGAAACACGACAAGAAGGCUGUGAACAAUUCUUUGAAAACUUGAUGAAACGCUUGUCCUAUGCAAGGCAAGUCGUAGAACAGCGUCUCAUGAUGCUGGACUUUUGUCAUCAGACAGAGGAUCUCAAAAAAGAUGCCAAAGCGUUGCAAAAGGAUCUUUUUGACGCCAUGUAUCCUCAUCCUCAUCCUCAUCCUCAGGAUGACUCGCAUCCACAACCGCAUCAAAAACAUUCUCAGCAUCAAACGGUCAUGUUGCUUUCAUCACGUGUGCAAGAUAUUCAUGAAAGAAUAUUGCACAUUGUGACCGUAUCCGCUGCCAAAGUACCCUAUCCUGUACCCAUCCACACUCACCUCAGCGGCAAAAAAUGGGGUUCUUCCGCAUCUGCGCAAGAAGAGUGGGUCAAAAAAGACAAAGAAGAAGCCAAGAGAGCGAAUGAAAAAGUACAUCACGUUGUCACACAAAAUAAAAACCAGUUGAUCACCCUCAGCGAAGAAGUAGACAAGCUUCUGCAGACGUAUCAACACAUGUUGCAAUUACAAGCACGUACGCAGCAUUACUUACAGAACGCAAACCACCUAUGUCAAUGGGCAGAGGAACAGAUAGACAUUGUUUUGAAAAGUAUGCAAGAAAUGAAAACAUAUCAGCAACAGCAUCGACCGCAAUCCCAUCAGGACAUCGAAGGCGUCGUUUGGACUGCAGAAAACAUACACAAACUGGAACAAGACCGCAGUCAAAUACUGGCUCAAUUGCUUAGCAACGGUGCUCAUGGAGAAGCAGGAGCAGGGGGCAAGGAAGAUGAAGUGGUGGAAUUACUGACGUGUAUCCAUCAAAUCUUGGAAGAAGCGGCCAGCUUGCAAAAAUUAUCUCUGCAACUGAAUCCAACGUUGACCGCUGAAAAUAGUAUGAUUGAUCAUCAUCGUCUUCGACACAUCUCGCGUCAAUUGGAAGAAAGAUUUGACCGUCUACAGAAAUUAUUAGAAGAACAGCAAACAGCCCUGGACCAAUGGCGCCAGAUCCUACAUGAUGGCCAUCAUUUCAGGGAGCAAGUACAGUCUCUGAUAACCUAUCUACAAAAAACCAGACUGGCUAUCCCUGCAUGCAAGCAGUUGCAUGGUUUGAUGACCGGCGAGUCAGAAGAGCAUGACCGCAGCAGAUUGAACAACUUACAGACCUCACUCAGAGGUUUACAAGACCAACACCAAACGCAAACCAUGCUCUAUAACAUCCUCUGCGGUACACCUGUCCACACUUCCAACAAAACAACCGUGUCGUCGUCGGAUGCACCAGAGGAUACAAGUGCCAUUCAAAUGGAUCUGAGCAAACAAUGGACAGAAAUAAGUAACGCUAUAAAGAACUUUCAACUCUUCACAGCAUCAGUGGAAGCAUGGUUUGAGCGUCAACGUAGACUGAGCAGUAUUGAGCUUGAGUAUCUAAAAGACUUGAAUGAUGAUCUUCAGCAUCUAACGGAAGAACGUGUAGGACACAACAGCAAUAACACACCGCUACAACCUCAAACCGCAACAUUAGAAGGCAGAAUUCAGAAGGCUACCGUACUUUUAGAAGCGAUCGAACAAGAAAUUGUGUUGGCUGUUCAUCAAGAUCAAACGAAAUCCGAUCCAUUGCAGAUUGCAAACUAUGCUUGUGCUCGUGAUCGAUGUUCAGAAUUAAUGAAGCAAGUGCAAAGUGCCAAUCAACGGCUGCUUAUCCUUCAAUCAGAUACAAAUCAAGCACGUAUGCUGACGGACGUUUUGGUAGACAUUGACAACCUAUGCCAACAGCUAAAAGAAAAGACACAUGACAUCACACAGCGGCUCAAGAACGUGAACCCUCAUUUUGCAAACUUGUCUUUGGAAGAGUUGAAGACUGUCGCCGAUGAUAUACAAACAGCAAACGAUCAAGCGGAACAAGAAGUCAAACAGUGGAAAGACAACCUUAACGCCAUCACCAGCAAAGCAGACAACAUCGCCCUCAGCUCAUUUUCCGCUAAAGAUUGCCUGACGAAAUCCUUGCACCUUUUACUCGAAACAUACGCUCAGCUCGUCAGUUGUACUGAUACGCAAAAGAAGCAAGCCGCCUUGAUUCGCAAAAUGUAUAUCCAUACAAAGGCAGCUCACGAUCUUCAGCAAUGGAUGGCUUCGUGCUUGGAAGCCAUCGAGCAACUACCUACCGAUGUUGCUGUGUAUGAAGAACAGGACUUACUUUCAGAGUUAAGCAACAUUGAGCAAAAGAUAAAUGAACUCAAGCCAACAGUACAAGCUUUCGAGGAGAUGCCUUUGCGCAUUUUUGAUGAAACCAUGACGGUUGAGAAUAGUCCUCUAGGAAUAGAUCUUGCCAAAAUCCGCGCGGACGUCGAUGAACGACAAGCAGCUACAAAAUAUCAGUGGGUCCAUUUGAAAGCACAACAUUCACAAGCAUGCCAGGCUGUUGAGCUAUCAAAGCGAUCUUUUGAUUUCAAUAAAAAAGCAAAAAUGAUUCAACAUCAAAUAAGCGAACUACAACAUCAAGUCAGUACGACACACCUGAUUAAAUAUACCAGCUCCUCUCAAAUACAAUCAGCAGCAGCAGCAGCAGAAGCAGACAAUGACAUUGUCACUGCUGUCUUAAAGUACCCUUCCAUCUGGAUGUCAACCGAGCACCGUUUGAAUUCAGCAAAGCUAAAGCUAGGUAUGAUACAUCAAAUCAUUCAAAUGCAACUGCAUCCAGCUAUUCAAGAAUUAGACGAAAAAUUUUCAGCAGCCACGACCUUUCAUCAGCAGAAGGAAGCUCUAUCGACCAUGUUGAAUGCUGUUUCUCAAACUGUAGAGGCCAAACAGCAUGGUAUAGCAGCAGCCGAGAAGAUGAGCGGAUUUUUUACAGUCAUAGAAGAGAUUGAGGUGUUGCUAUCAGCAUUAGCAGAAGUCAUUGUACGAGCCACUCCUCAGCAUCUUCAACAGCAGCAAGAACAAAAACGUAGCAGCAAUGCCGUUUCGCAACUGUUUGAAGCGCGUUUUGAGAGUGACUACUUUUACCGUCCCGUCGAUAUUCAAGCACUGUUGAUUGAUUUCGACACACGGUACCGGUACUAUGAACCUAAAAUAGAUGAUUUAUUCACUGAAGCCAAUGGCGUCAUGCAGAAGCACGAUUUAAUAAAGGACGAGCGCGUCAAAGCAUGUGUUCAACAACUUUCAGAUAAAUGGUCUCUUUUGAAAAAAGACGCCAUGAGCAAAAAAGCGCAGCUCUUUGCAUUAAUCAAUGCAAACAAUAGGAUGGGUUCAAUUGGUAGAAAACCAGCCUCUCCUUUGGAGUCGAGAUCAGUCACGAGCACAAGUGGAAGAACAUCUGCUACUACAACUGCUACUGCUGGCGGUAAUCAUAGUAUACUGCAAGACAGGGCUUCUAAAUUACUGAUGAACAACAAAGGCAACGGAACACCCUUACCGUUAAAAGAACCUCCUCGGCCGAAAGUGAUACAAUCCACCGUACCAAGAGGCAUGACAGGUUAUACUCGUCGACGCACACAAACAGGAACAGCAACAACAACAACACCUGUUCCUUUUGCACUUUCCGCUACUGCUGCUCGUGCUGAUGCUAGAAAACGAAUGUCAGCCAUGGCAGCACUCCCUUCACAGAGUACAACGACCAUAUCAACAAAGCAAGAUCAGACAACGCGAAGAGUAGCCGCUCGUCAACUUGCCGCACAAAAACAUCGCGAUAAAGUAGCCACCACCACAACAGCCCCUAACGCGGCUACGAAAAAGGCUGCCUCGACAGUAUCCGAAACGUAUGUAUCUGAUCCUAAGAAUGAUCUAGACGUCGCCUUGGGAGAUAUCAUCAAUGAUUCACCUUAUAAAAUACAAGUGAAAAUGGUUCCGGGAGAAGUAGGUAAAUAUUGGUUUGGUGAUGUCAAUCCAAAAUUAGCUUACUGUCGCAUUCUAAGAAGCCGUAUGGUGAUGGUGCGUGUGGGCGGAGGUUGGGUGGAACUGUCACAAUUCUUAAGAGAUCAUGCUUUAUUGGAAGGUGGGCAAUUUAUCUCGUCGACAAAUCAUAAAAGAGCCUCACUACCUCCUUUACCUUCCGGUGCUGUUCGCGAUGGUUAUUUGAAUACAACGACGGGCGCCCGUUAUAGAAGCGAUAACGCUCAACAUGAUAAGCGUGGUGUCAUUGCUAUUCGAGGGGGAGGAGGAGGAACAGCAGCUGCAGGAAAUGUCAGACGUGUCAGUAAACAACAAAGCUCAGAAGAUAUUUUGAGAGAAUCGCAAUCUACACCGUAUCAUCAACAACAACCAUAUCUUCAUCGCCGCGGAGUCUCUCCAGGACCCUAUGGUCAUGGUAUCAAAUCAGGAAACAAAUUUCUUAUCACAGUAGACGGUGAAGGUAACCGUGUCGAAGUCAAGAUGACUAAAGCCAAGAAUAAAGAUACCAAAUUUGUUACCCCGUUCAAGCUUUAA